GUGUUGUUUGGAGGGUGAGUUUCAGUUUCUUAGAAAAGGGUGUGUGGGGUAUCUCUUUUUGUCUUCCACAACCAGACAAAUUGUUUCAUAAACAAGAUUGAGAUCUAGAGAGAGAAGAACAAGAACAAGAACAUAUUCAUAGUAUAGGGGUGUGUGUGUGUUUUUUGUUGUGUUUUUUCAAGCAUUUUAAGAGAGAAGAAGAAGAAGAAGAGCAAAUACACUCCACACACAAUGUUUGAAGGAUCAGUGUCUGAGCAGCUUCAUCAAUUCUUAACACCAAGAACACCACCGCCACCACCACCGUCGCCGCCACCGCCACCGCCGCCAAAUCCUAACUCUCUUCCUCUUCCACUUAAUUUUGCUCUUCAUUCUCCCAAUUUCAACUUCCACCCUUUUGAUUCUUACCAUUCUACAACUACCCAUCAAAUUUAUCUUCAUCAUGAUCUUUUCCAUCAGAAGGACGACGAGACGAGAACGACGACAUCGACUGGAAAUUUGCAGGUGGCCAUGGAUUUGGACGUCGGUAGAUCCAUUUUGAUGGACGAUCAUCAUCAUCAUCAUCAUCGUCAAUGGAGCAACGACGAGCUUCUUGCUCUCCUCACGAUUAGAUCCAACAUUGAUAAUUGCUUCCAUGAAUCCACUUGGGAACAUGUUUCAAGGAAGUUGGGCGAGGUGGGUUUUAGAAGAACCGCGGAGAAAUGCAAAGAGAAAUUUGAAGAAGAGACAAGAUAUUUCAACCACAUUAAUUAUCACCCACAUCACCCUAAUCAAGAUCGAGACCGAGAUCGAGAUCGAGAUCACCUCCCCUUAAUCCAUACCGAAAACGGGAAACCCGACGAUGGUAAGGCCGACAUCGUGGUACCAGAAGUCCAAGAAGGAUCGAAAAACGACGAAACGAUAGCAAGUAAGAAGAGGAAGAGGAAGACGAGGACGAAAUUCGAAUUAUUGAAGGGUUAUUGUGAGGAAAUUGUGAAGAACAUGAUGAUCCAACAAGAGGAAAUUCACUCAAAGCUUUUAGAUGAUAUGUUGAAAAGGGAAGAAGAGAAGAUAGCUAAAGAGGAAUGUUGGAAGAAGCAACAAAUGGAGAGGCUACACAAGGAGCUUGAAGUGAUGGCAUAUGAACAAGCCAUUGCAAGUGAUAGGCAAGCUACAAUCAUUCAAAUUUUGAACCAAAUCACAAAUUCAUCCACUUUUUCAUCCUCAAGUUCCCAAAAAGAGCUACAAAAUUUACUCAAAACAUUGAAUUAUAAUCAUAAUAAUCUCCCAAAUUCUCCCUCUUCAUCAUCCUUAAUCCAAACCCAUUCAAGUCCCAACAAAGAACACCCACAAAUUGAUCCAAAAAACCCUAAAAACCCUUGUUUAUCAACAAAAAUCCUUGCUCCUCAAGACCCUAAUUCCUUGAUCAACCAUUCAAACCCACCACCAUCUUCCCCCACAAGCCCUAAACCUAGAGAUGACUUGGGAAAAAGAUGGCCAAGAGAUGAAGUUUUGGCUCUAGUGAAUGUGAGGUGUAGCCUCUACGGCAACGGUGUCGGUGAUCGGGAUCAGAGCGGUAAAGCGCCGUUGUGGGAGAGAAUUUCGCAAGGAAUGCUUCAAAUGGGUUACAAGAGAAGUGCGAAAAGGUGCAAAGAGAAAUGGGAGAAUAUAAACAAGUACUUUAGGAAAACGAAAGAUGUCAAUAAGAAGAGAGCUCUCGAUUCAAGAACUUGCCCUUAUUUCCACCAACUUAGUACGUUGUACAAUCAAGGAGGUGGGAAUGAGCAUCCCGAGAAGUGCUCGAUCGUGUCAUCGGAAAAUCUCUCCAACCAAUCGAAAAUCACUAAGUGAAUUGCAAGCUUAAGAUCGCUCCAAUAAUGUGGCUGACAAUUUUAUUCCGGGAUGUAAGUGCUUUGGUUUUGGGAACUUGUGAUGAAUUUGAGAUAUGGAGGCAACGGGUGAGUGGGCUUGUUGGGUGUGUACUUCGUCUGAGCACCGACACAGUCUUUGAGUAAUGAGAACCCAAAAUUUUGGAUAACA